ACGAACACGAUCUAUCAGGAAGUGAAGAUCAGUAACAAGAGACUCCACAGGUAAGGCAGGCAGGAAGGUGAGAGAGAGCUGCACCCUAAACAGAAGAAGAAGAAGAAGAAGAGAGCUGCACCCUUUUUGUAAAUCGGCAUUCGCUCUGAAUCGAGCUACAUCGUUAAACGAAGACAAAGAUACUCGUAGAGUCUCAGGAUGAAGAAGGAAGGGGAGACGCUGAACAGGCCGGACAACACAGCCUUUACUCAGCAAAGACUUCCGGCGUGGCAGCCUAUGCUGUCAGCUGGCAUCGUCAUCCCUGGCUUUGUGGUUAUUGGUCUGGCCUUCAUUGGUGUUGGAGUCGCUCUGUUUGUUACAUCACAGAACAUCCAAACACUGGAGAGGGACUACACGGGUGUUGACCAAAGCUCAGAAAACAACUGCUCCCAGUGUCUGGGUGUAAAAAAUUGCAUAUGUGCUCUUAAUUUUACACUCUCGAAGCAGUUUGAGGGGCCUGUGUUCUUCUAUUAUGGUUUAUCGAAUUUCUUCCAAAACCAUCGUAAAUAUGGAGUCUCCAGAGAUGACAACCAACUUUUUGGAGAUACAUCUUAUUUCACUAGCCCUGAUGAAGCUUGUUCCCCCUAUGAGUAUGACUCCAGAGACAGGCCAAUUGUCCCAUGUGGAUCGGUAGCCAACAGCAUUUUCAAUGACACAUUCAUCCUCUACCAAUUGGUGGGAGGGAAGAAAAAACAGGUUCCGUUUGAUGGGAAAGGCAUCGCAUGGUGGACUGAUCACAACAUCAAAUACAAAAACCCGUCCUUAGUGGAUGGUUCUUUGGCAAAGGCUUUCAAUGGUACCGUGAAGCCGCUGAACUGGCCCAGACCAGUCUAUGAGCUGGACACCUCCGACCCAUCCAACAAUGGCUUCUUGAACCAGGACUUCCUGGUAUGGAUGAGGAGAGCAGCCUUGCCUGAUUUUAGAAAGCUGUACCGUAGAAUAACUGAGGGGGAAUAUGCUGAUGGACUGCCUUCUGGGAACUACUCACUGGAGAUCAACUACAAUUACCCUGUCAAUGACUUUGGUGGUCGUAAGAAGGUGUUCUUCAGCAACGUUUCCUGGAUGGGUGGCAAGAACCAGUUCUUGGGCAUUGCCUACCUGGUGAUUGGUUCUCUCUGCAUUGUCAUGUCACUGGUCAUGCUCAUUGUCUAUGCCAAGUUCAGAUUUGAUGAUGAGGACUCCUAAUCAGCCCCAACCUUUCUGUGUGAAAAAAGUCCCAUCAGUACACAUUCUCCUGUUCAGUGACCUGGCCUCUGGGAUCCCAGCUAGUGGGAAAUGAUGCGAGAUAGAUGUGGGUUAGAUUUGUAUGAGUCGGUUUUAACCUCUGGGAAAGUUUGACUUCUUGCGUUAGCAUUUGGUGAAUUAUCAGAUGUUUACAGAAUCUACAAAUUAAUUAUGGUGAAAACAUAGCCUACUACUUUUAUUCCAGCAGUACUUGAAAUGUAAUCCACAUCAGAAAUAUCAAAGCUGUGGGUAUUUUAAUGUCACAGGCUUGAACAUCCCUGUUUGCACUGAUCAGUGAAUGCCAUCACAGUCUCAUGUUAAUCAACUGUUAAUCUUUUUUGUCUCAGGAGUGAAAACAUCAUGAACUGUUAAAUCUUUUUUUGUCUCAGGAGUGAAAACAUGUAAAUCUAAUGUGACUUUGUAAAUGUAUCAUUUAUUGUAGAUAUGGUUAUUUCUCAGGGUAUCAGGACAGAAAAAGGAUUUUAAUGUUUUGGGUGUAUGUUCUCAUUUGAAACACUAUGAAUAAAAUGUUACAUUUGUAAUA